AUGAGUUCUGACUUUACACCUGCCACAGAACGGAAACGGCUACAAACUCUAGCGUAUCAAAGUCCUGAACUGAUUGGUAACUGCUUUUCCCGACUCGAAUACUCACGAACGUUGACCAAAAAGGAUCUCAAAACAAAAGUUCUAUUCAGAGAUUGGUUCAUGGACGGAUGGGCAUCGAAAACAGUGAAGGAAAGCGAUCUGAAGUUACCACUGAUCAGCGAAUCCACAAGGAAGAAACGACUUCUGAACACCAUUGGAGUGUCGCGUGGAUUCGGAGAUCACCAUCUCUAUACAGUCGACGAUCACUUACCAAUCAAGCCAUUUCUAUCUUCUGUACCUGAGGUAGAUGGCUUAUGGGAUGUGCUUAGCAACGAAGAUGCUGGCUUGAUCGUUCGCUCAUCACUCUCCGCUACCGAACAAAGCGAGCAGUCCCGGUACAGCAUGGCAGCCCAAGAGUUGGCUAGUGCAGCAAGAGGUUACCCAAGC